UGGACCAAAACAAAAUACCUUAGCUUCCACAAGCUCAGAACUGCAACAAAUAAGAGAGAGCAUUCAGGCUAGAAGAACACGAAGGGGGAAAAAGGGCAGAAAAAAGAAAAUUUUGAAGAAUGCCAACAUUAAAUUUAUUCACUAAUGUCCCAGUGGAUUCAGUGGUUGCCUCGGAUAUUCUCAAGGAUGCUACCAAAGCUGUUGCCAAAAUCAUUGGCAAACCCGAGUCGUAUGUGAUGAUCUUGGUGAAUGGAGGAGUACCCAUUGCAUUUGCGGGAACUGAAGAGCCAGCUGCAUAUGGGGAACUAAUCUCAAUAGGGGGCCUUGGACCCAGUGUGAAUGGAAAACUUAGCUCAACCAUUGCAGAGAUUCUCCAAACUAAGCUUUCUAUAGAUAGUUCUCGGUUUUAUAUCAAGUUUUAUGAUGUUCAGCGUUCAUACUUUGGAUUCAACGGUUCAACUUUUUGAUCACCAUGCUCAAAGUAACAUGGAACGAGGAAGAUGCUGAUAACUGUGAAAGUGUAUCAAAGGUUGCUGGAGGACCGAAUAUGAACUUAAUAGACUUUAGCAUAUAUGCUAGUGUUGUAUGGUUAACCAAAACAAUAAUUUUUGGUUACUGUUCUUUUGUGAAAUCUAAAAUUUCAGGACCAGAUUAGCUCUUUACCUUCUGUCUCUGAGCCAAUUAACCGAAGUAACUGUCUCUUCUAUUAAA